ACAGAGCUGCGCCUGGGCGUUAUGACCACCACCGUGAUGCCUGGGGAUGUGUCGCGGGAAGCGAGAGGAGCUCAGGGAGCGUGUUUGAGACUGAAUAUGGAGAGGGGGGAAAUCUAUGUUCCUUCCUACUUUUGGAGACAUUUGGCACCUGGUCUCAUACCGGAGGGCAAGCAGACCGCUGACACCAGCUUUAGCAUCGACAGGGAUCCCACAACACUGCGCACCGCUGCCGUGUUGACCCAGGGCAUAUAAUAAAGACAGUGAGGCAGAGAGCUCAUCUUUGACUUAUUAUUAGGCUACUUAUUAACAUGCAUCGGUGCAUGGACUUCAGCUUGGGCGGAUUAUCUGUGGGAUGAUACUGAAGUGUGAAAGUAUUAGAGGGGCGCUGAUAGCGGCGCGAUAAGUUCCUGCUGAGUGAGGCAGAAAUAUUCCAAUCGUAGAAAAGAACCAACUUUCUAAUGUCAAGGUCUGUCUGAUAGUAGCAACACUUCAGCGGCACAUGAUUCACAAAUAUUACGCAACUGUUGAUUAAUGAACACAACAUAAAGUCAAAACAAAUAUAAUAAUAAUAAUAAUAAUAAAAGAAAAGUCUGAAUGAAGGAUUUCGCGGAUCUUAAAGAAGCAGCGCGUGGUGCGGCCAUCGUCUGAAGGCUCUCUUUAUAUCAAGUGUUUCAGAUAACAGUGUGGAAAGUAAAGAUGGGCAUAUUUAAUGCGUCCCAUAAGCGAGAUCCGGCCCACGGAAUGCUUUCAUGGGUCAGAAUAGUUUUCUGACGCCCCCACUGCUCCCUCCCUUCCUCUCUCUUUGUCUCUCCUCCCUUCUCUCCUCCCUCUAUCAGUCAGUGCGCCCGCUGGCACAGGAAAGAUUGAAAGUGACACACUUUGAUUAGAGCCCGGUCCUCUGCGCCGACACAUCCCGCUCCUGCUGUGACUCACGCACCGGGGUUUGCUUUUCGGUCAAGUCCGCGUUUUGUUAUUUCCUCCUGCUCAUCUGUUUCGAUUCCAUUAACGGGCGUUUUCCGGUUGUUUUUUUUGUUGUUGUUGUUUUUUUUUGUUGCGCUUUUUCUUUCCUCCGAGGAUGAAGCCAUGAGUUCAGAGGAGAGCAGCCUGACACCAGCGAGACGCGCCGUGAGGUAGAAGACGGGUAACAGGGAGGACUGAACAAAGUAGAGACCGAAAUCUGAAAUAUCAAGUUGGCGUGCGCGCUCCGGUCCGAAAGAGCACUGGUCUCUCUCUCUCUCUCUCUCUCUCUCUCUCUCUCUCUCUCUCUCUCUCUCUCUCUCUCUCUCUCUCUCUCUCUCUCUCUCUCUGGACUUCCUCCCAGACCAGCAUCCUCCGUCCAUCUCCCGCGUCUGUCCACCUCUCCGCUCACUCCGCUGCUGCUUGGCGCGCUAUCGUCACUCCAGCUCCGCUGCCACAACACUCACUAACUUUUCUCCCUGUGGCUCUCUGGUCCGCCGGCUCCGACGUGUCCAGCGGCUUCAGCUCGGUACCGCCGUGAUCCGCCGCCGACGUGUGUCCAGGAGCCGAACCACAGCCCAGCCCUGGAUUCACUACUCCUGAUCAAUGGACAGAGCCUCCUCAGCGGCCAGCAGCGCUUCAGACACGCCGUAAACAACUCAUUCUCUCUGGCUGGAGCUCCUCUCGGGGUGUGGAGGAGGAUGGAGCGAGGAGGGGAGAGUCCCAUCACCCAGGACAGUCCUGAGCGGAGGGGAGGCAGCCCGGACCUCAGCGGCCUGCCACCGCCGGGGAAGAAGGGCCGGUUGGAGCUCAAUGGGAGCCCCACUGGGCCACGCACACGCCACAACGGAGCCCCACUCAGACCUCUGGGAGGUCUGAUGAUUCCAGUCUUCUGUGUUGUGGAGCAGUCGGAUGGAGGGAUUCAGACAGACGGAUGUGAGGGAAGAGAGGAGCACGCUGAGUUUGUUCUGGUCAGGAAGGAUAUUCUCUUCUCUCAGCUAGUGGAGACGGCUCUGCUGGCCCUCGGCUACUCCCACAGCUCGGCUGCUCAGGCCCACGGCAUCAUCAAGGUGGGAAGGUGGAACCCUCUGCCCAUCCACUUCCUGACUGACGCACCAGAAGCUACAGUCGCUGACAUGUUGUUGGAGGUCUACCACAUGGUCACACUACGCAUCCAGCUGCAAAGUUUCUCAAAGCUGGAGGACCUGCCCUGUGAACAGUGGAACCACGCAACUGUCAGGAACGCUCUCAAAGAGCUGCUGAAGGAAAUGAACCAAAGCACUCUGGCCAAAGAGUGUCCUCUGUCACAGAGUAUGAUUUCGUCCAUAGUAAAUAGCUCCUACUAUGCCAAUGUCUCCACUGCCAAAUGCCAGGAGUUUGGCCGCUGGUACAAGAAGUAUAAGAAGAUCAAAGUUGAUUACCUGGAGAAGAUGUGGUCAGGACGAGAUGCUACUGACAUCAAAAUCGAGAGGGAAAACAUGGCAGACUUCUGUGUGCUGGGCCAGAGACCUCCUCCUCACUUGGCCGGCCUGGCCCAGCUCAGUCACCUGGGGGCCGGCAGUCCCCUCCUCAAGGCGGGAUCUGGAGAUCCGCAGGCACAAUCCCAGCCACCUCAGCAGCCUCCUCCACCCCAGCAGCCCUCGCCCCACGGCCCCCUCCACCACAGCCCUCCUCUCCGUACCGGCCAGGUGCCUCCUCCGCCUCCACCACCACCUGGUGCCCUGCAGCCCCUACUGGGGCCAGGUGGGCUGCUCUCACCCCAACUCUCCCCACAGCUGGUGCGUCAACAGCUCGCCAUGGCCCACCUCAUCAACCAGCAACUAGCCGUUAGCCGCCUGCUGGCCCAUCAACACCCCCAGGCCCUCAACCAGCAGUUCCUCAACCACCCGCCCAUCCCUCGAGGUUCAUCUAAAGCUGGCGACCACCCUGGGAGCAACCCCUCGGCCUCUGAGGUCUCCUCUGAAAUCUACCAGCAGGUCAGAGACGAGCUGAAGCGAGCUAGUGUCUCCCAGGCCGUGUUCGCCCGUGUGGCUUUCAACCGCACACAGGGCUUGCUGUCAGAGAUCCUGCGUAAAGAGGAAGACCCUCGCACAGCCUCGCAGUCUCUGCUUGUAAAUCUGAAAGCAAUGCAGAACUUCCUCAACCUGCCCGAGAGCGAGAGAGACCGAAUCUACCAGGAGGAAAGAGAGCGCACCAUGAACCCUUCAGUCGGCCUUCCUGCCUCCAAUUCCUCCAACCCCGGCACUCCACGCCUCUCACAGAAAGUGUGGGAGAGGAGUUUGGAUGACCAGAUAACCCCUGAUACCUGGGCCUCCAUCUGGAAGAACAAGACUAAGAUCUCCAACUCGCCAAAGCCGUCCGGCCCGGCUCCUGACCUCCCACUGAAGCUGGAAUCGCUGGUCAACAUUACGUCUGGGAUCUAUGAAGAAAUUCAGCAGGAGAUGAAGAGAGCCAAGGUGUCCCAAGCGCUGUUUGCCAAAGUAGCCGCCAACAAGAGCCAGGGCUGGUUGUGCGAGCUGCUUCGGUGGAAGGAGAACCCCAGCCCAGAGAACCGCACGCUGUGGGAGAACCUGUGUACCAUUCGAAGGUUUCUGACCCUGCCACAGGCCGACAGAGACAUGGCUUACGAGGAGGAGUCCAGGCACCAUCACAGUGAGAGGCUUCACACCGUCCUCCACCUGCCACAGGACACGCAGCUCUUUUGUCUUUCUCGGCAGGCACUUCACAGGCCACCACCUGCCCCAAUGAAGGAGCACCGCCUGUCUCCAAUGCGUGAAGAACAGUUAUCUGCCCCGGUGAACGAGGAGGGGUCACAGAACAUGGGAACAGGAGCUGCAGGUGGAUGUCCACCUGGCACUGUUGGCAGUGGGAGCAACAAGAAGCCCAGAUCACGCACUAAGAUUUCCCUGGAGGCAUUGGGUAUCCUGCAGAGCUUCAUCCAGGAUGUUGGACUGUACCCAGACCAGGAGGCCAUCCACACCUUGUCAGCACAGCUCGACCUGCCCAAACACACGAUCAUAAAGUUCUUCCAGAACCAGCGUUACCACGUCAAGCACCAUGGUCGCCUCAAAGAGCUGAGUGAGGGGGCUGCUGCCAGCGGAGGUGUGGACGUCAGUGAAUACAGAGAGGAGGAGCUGCUUUCAGGCUCAGAGGACCCAGAGUCAAGUGAGGAUGGAGCUGAGGAGAUCUUCCAGUCCACAGAGGGGAGUGGUGGGAGCACAGGGGGGCUGAACCAGCCCCCGGCCUCCUCUAGCUCCAACUCAAGCCAGGCAUCUUCAGGGACCAGCGUCGUUCAGGAGGAAGGCAAGGACAAGGGGCAUGGCCGACCUAGUGGCCCACUGGCUCCCGGGAGCUCUUCAUCCAGUCCCAGAGAGCAAGCUGACUACCAGAGGUAGAGACUGACAGGCAGAGAGGAGAGAGCAGAGGGAGAGAAAACAAGACAAAGAAAAGGUCCAUAAUAAUUCAGUGAGAAACCUGUCAUGAGCUGAAACUGUGUGAGAGGCAACCAUCUUUGUAGGCACAGAUUAACCAAGAAAUACUGAAAUACUGACCACCAAUAAAAUGACAAGACAGACUCUUGAUAGUGACUCAGACAGACAGAUGUGAAAGUAGGUGCAAUUAUCCUGUUCAUGCCUCAAACCUACAGACACAAAACAAAUUCUCCACAAAAUGACUCCAAAACGGUUUCCUAAACAGCCAAUUACCUGAAAAGACACAAAGAGGAGGCAGGAUUCUACCAAGGUUGGCCAUAAAUUGUUCCCUUUCCUCCUCCUAAACUCUGAGCACAGUCACACAAGACCUACUCUCUACAGGCUGGGUUGAAUUUGCCCUCCUCGUGACGUUUAUAGACUGGAUCCUGGGGCUUUACAAGACCUCUACAUUCCUAUAAAUCCUCAGGACACACUGAUGUUGCUAAUGCUGUUGCCUGCCUGAGAACAUGGACAGAUGGCACUCGCCGUUCAUCUAUGAACUUCAUUUCAUCGCGGAUAAAGGAAAAUGACCACUCCACAUCCUGCCCUCAUCUCACCGUCACACUCUAGAAUUGCUACCAAUCCUAUCUAGCACUUACUGUACACAAAGACACUGACAUUUUGUGGAUGUGGUGUACUCUUGCCUUCUUCCUUUUGUCUGUCCUCUCAAGGCUCACGUAUGCUGUGAGGUUAAAAAAAAAAAAAAAGACUCAAAAGAGGAGCAGUGGACAUUCUGGCAGGAGGACAGCGUGUCGACAUCAAGAGGAUGUGGCAUGGAGGGACAGUCGGGCCCGCGGACCCACGACUCUGAACCCUUUCUGGCACCGCCCCCGUAUGUGUGGCGAGAAAAAUGUCAAGAAAGGAAGGACAGAGCGGAGAUUCAGCAACCAAACAAUCAGUCACUUUAUGUGCGGUAGUCCACCCCUUCCACUCUUCCUCUCCUCUCUCCAUCUCACUCUCUCCCCCUUUUCCUUUCUCUAAUUGGUGCCCACAGUCUUGUGUUUCACCACACCUACCCGCACUUAAACUUCACCAACCCUAUUUAUUGCUAUCUUUAUCCAUGAUUAUUAUUAUCAUUAUUGUUAUUAUUGUUGUUAUUAUGGUUAGAAUUGCUGUCAUCACGUGCUAUUUUUAGUUUUUAUUUCCAUGGUUUUAAAUAUUGGUUUUCAAAACUGGGCGGUUGUUUGGGUAAGAGACAUUAAGAGUGCUCGGCCCUAAAAAAGAGGAAGAAAAGGAGGAGAGAGUGAAAGGAAACAAAAAGAAGCAGUUACUGAGUGUUAUUGGGUAAAAAAAAAAAAAAAAAAAAAAAAGGUUCUGUCAUGUUGUAUUAUGCCAAUUUUUUAUGUCUGUUUCCCAAAAAUAGUAGAUAAGACUUGUUGAAAAGAGGAACA